GCUAGUUGGCUGCUUACCGCCUUCCACAGUUCCACUCCGUCUUCUUCCUCCUCUCUUUCCUUGCUCACGAGUCGCGUCCCAACUCUGACGACACCCAGCGAGGAGGAAGAGGAGUUAGGGUACAGGGUUUGAUCCGAGGCUAUGGAGGAGAGCAGAGCCGGAUCCCUGGAGGAGCGGCCCGGUGUCCUCCUCGUUGGCGCCCCCGGCGUGGGCAAGCGAACCAUCCUCUCCCGGUUGGUUGCGGCUGAAGUACCGGACACUUACGACUUGUCGUCAGGUGUGCUGUGUCAGGGGUGGAAAAUUGACACGAAGUAUUACUCUGCUGAUCUCUCCAUUUGGACAGCGCAUCUAGAAGAAGGGUUCUCUCUUGGCUCGCUCCCUCAUCUGGACCAGUUGGCUGCUCUUGUUAUGGUCUUCGAUAUGAAUGAUGAAUCUUCCUUACUAACUCUCCAAAACUGGGUUGACAGUAUUGAUAUUCAGAGGUUUGAAGUUCUGCUGUGCAUAGGGAAUAAAGCAGAUCUUGUACCUGGCCAUGGUGCGCAUGUAGAAUAUAGGAGGCGUAUGCAAAGGAUUGGCGAGUCAAGUACUGAUCCACAUCCUGAAUAUUUAGAUUUUGGGAUAAAUGAAAGUGAAGGUUGUGGCUUGUUAUUAUCAGAGGAUGCACCACGCAUAGAGAUCAGAGACUCCACUUUGCAGUGGUGCAUUGAGCAGAAUAUUGAGUAUAUUGAAGCUUGUGCUUCCAAUGCUGACUUUGACAAAUGCCUAUCAGUUGAUGGUGAUAGCCAAGGAGUAGAGCGACUCUUAGGAGCCCUUUCUGCACACAUGUGGCCUGGAAUGAUUCUGAAAUCUGGAAACAAAAUAACUGCUCCAUCCUUGGCUGAAAAAGAAUCUACAGAUGAUGAAUCAAAUUAUGAGUUUGAGUACGAGGUCCUAUCACAUGAAUCUGAUGAGCAAUGGGAAUUCAUCGGUGAGUCGAGUACAUCAAGAAGUCUGGAAGGACUAAAUGAAGCUAAAGCUAUGCAGGAUAACACACAUCAAGAAGUUGUGAAUGCCAAGGUUGAUUCUUUGGUGUCCAACCCUCUUUCAAAUGACAGCUCUACAGAAUCUGCUGAAGAAAAACGAGUAACUCAGAACCACAAAAUUGAGGACAGUGGCCAUGUGGAUAACACUGAAGCAGAUGAGGACCAGCGAACUGACGCCCAAGAGGUUAACAAGCUGUUUGACGAUGAGCAUUAUGGCCUAGAUGAUCUGGAGAGGUUAAUGUCAGAGAUCGGCAACAUGCGGUCCAAUCUAAGGCUCGUUCCUGACUUCCAAAGAAGGGAGAUGGCUGCUAAGAUAGCCAUGAAAAUGGCAACCAUGUUUGGCGACAGUGAUGACGAGGGUUUUCAGGCUAUAUAAACCAGUCACGGAGUUCUACAUUUUGCUUAUCUUCACACAGGAUUGCAGCUGACGGGCAAGCUCAUCAUCAUUCCUCCUAGCACAUCUUUUUAUAAUCUUGAUGUCAUUUACCCCCAAAGAAAUUUUGUACCUCUUAGUUCUUUGGUAUGUACUUAUUUACCGUUUGUACUGUUAUAGGAUUUAUGAUGUAUUAUUGUGAACUUGAUUCUCUUGAAUCAACUAGCUAAAAACAUGUGUAUGUAAUAUGCAAAUAUCAUGUACUCGUAUGUUUUUGAGCUGCUGA